AUGUCGGGACAAGCAGACAUGGAGAUUUCCGCAGCCAGAAGAAAGGCUACUAAAGCUUCAGUUUUAAGUGAAGAGCAAAAGAAGGCACACCACAUAGCUUCAGAACAGAAGAGAAGAGAAAACAUUCGUUCCGAAUUUGACAAAAUUGUGUCGUUGACACCGACAUUAACGGAGCUGGAGAACCGUUCUGAAUUGAAUAUCUUGACCAAAAGUGCUGACUACAUUGACCAGUUGAGAGAAGAAAAUGCAAAUUUGGUCGAGAUGUGCAGAAGGAAAGGAAUUACGAUUCCAGAAGAGUUGGUUUAUAAUGGACCUACCAGCGACGGUAGUGAUAUUGCCAAGUAG